AUGUUCCGUCAAGCAAUCGCCAGGCAAGCUCGCCCUUUCAGCACCUCGGUUGCUGUCCGCAAAUCCGCCAUCGACACGGCCAAGGAGACUGUCCAGGCCGCCGACAAGACUGUUGCGCAGCAGAUCGUGAAGGGCAUCGAGGCCGGUGAGCAAGCCGCUCAGGCCGCGAAAGAGGCCGCUGGUAUGAGCUCUGCUGAGGCACAGGGCGAGGCAUCGAAGAUGGCAGGGCAGGCACAAGGAGAGGCGUCGAAGUUGGCUGGGCAGGCACAGGGCAAGGCUCAGGAAGUUGCCGGCCAAGUCAAGGGCGCCGCUGAGCAGGCUAAGCAAAAGAUGUAA